GUUUCUGCUGGUCGAUGGCAUCACUGGUUGAGGUAGCUGUGUGCGCAAGUGCGUCUCCGUGCUCUCGCUAGAUCUAGAUUGCAGCCUCCACCUUGAGAGCUUGGGUACGUCUUUGAAACUUUCUGCUGAAAUGAGAUUUCUCAGCUCGACGGCAAACCCGAUCACGCCACUCCAUCCCCACCAUUCCAUUUGUCUUUUCCCAUCUGAGCGAAGAUGAUCCGCAUCCGUAACCCUCACCACAUGCCUUUUCUCCAUCAGACGGAGCAGCUCCGUGUGGCAGGGACCCUCUGCGACACGCUUCUCACCGUGGAGGGCCGUUCAUUCAAAGCUCACGCUCUAAUUCUGGCUUUGGCCAGCAAAAGACUUCAGCGUCUGUUAACAAAGCAGCACGGUUCAACGCCGGGGUAUCGCUGCGUUAUAGAAAGAGUCUCUCCCCACACCUUCAAGCAGAUCCUGGACUACGUGUACAGCGAAUCGGUGGAGGUGCCCAAAGAUGAUCUGGAGGAGCUUCUGAAAGGCGCUCAGUACCUGGAGGUCGAAUCUUUGGUUGAGCAGUGUCAGGCACAGCUUAGGAAACCAGAGUCUCCUAUAGAAGAGAAAGGACAUUCAACCCGAGAUGACAAACUGAACGAAGAAAGUCGCUUGUCAAAAAAACGCCCUUCGUUGGAUGAAGACCACCUUGAAGUAGAAAGUGCAAAUAAAGAGAGCCCGAAGAAAAGAUGUUCUGGGUCUCCUCAGCUUCUCCCGUCCUCCAGAGAGACCGCCAUCGCCACCACAGCUCUGUCUCCCUCCCCGCGUCUGUGCUGGCCUUCGGUUAGCCCGUCUCGAAGCAUGGUUUUCAACUGCAGAGAAUUCAUGACCUUUCACUCUCUCCGCACCUCCCAGCACAUGUUGACGUAUCCGUACCCCACCCCAGUCUACCCCAUUCUCCAUCGCUCGCUUCAUCCCCAGGUCCCUUCUUCAGUCAUGGGUUACACUGGGCUGCUUCACCCCUAUCACAAUCUCAUACACUCUCCUCAACUAUCUCAAGACAGUCCGUUUAUUCAGGGCCUGCGGGGAAAGAACACCUCUUUUAAUGCGGUUCUAACAGGAUCCAUGCCUGAGGAUCAGGAGAGGAAGCCGAAGGUACAAGAGGAGAGGGAGAUAUGCUGCAGAUACUGCGGUAAGACGGCCCUGGAAAACCCCUGGAGGUCGAUGAGUGGUUCGACAUCCUCAGCAGGUUCGGGUGAGCUGACUUUCCGGUGUAAGUUUUGCGGUCAAGGAGGACGGGAUAAGCGAUCUCUGCGGCCGCUCAAGGGUCUCGGAGGAGAGAAGCCAUACCUGUGUAAACAGUGUAGCAAACGGUUCAGUCUGAAGCACCAGCUGGACACACAUCACAGGGUACACACAGCAGGGAUAUCGACCCAAAAAUUGCGGAACUGCACAUUUUCUGAGGGGUAUGAGAGAUCAGUAUUACCCCCCCAUCGGUCACCCCAAUAUAGAAGACACAACAAAUAAAAAAGUCACCUUUGGAGUCAUUCUAGACAGAAGCAGAAAGGUUUCCUUUUACAUACGCCUGAACACUUUAACAAACUGCUCACAGUGUAGCAGAUUUAUAAUUCAAAAGAUAAAUAACAAACUGAAAACUAAUGAAACAAAAGUAGUAAAAGUACAUAAAGUUUAUGUUCAGACAUACACAAUAAACUAACGAUUAUUUUCAUCAUUGUUUUUUUAAUAAUCGGAUAACAGGCUUAACAAUUUUUAAUUAGAUCUUUUGCUAAAGAUAACUUAAUGAAACCCCAAAUAAGGCUAUUUAUUGUAUUCUUGAAAAGUGAGUUUCAGUUAUGUAGUCUAGAAUUUUGAAAUGUAAAACCUUUUACAGUUCCAGUUUUAAACAAUGGCACUUCUUUAAAUAUCCCAAAUAUAGCUAAGUAUCAAUCGAGUUGUAGCCUAUUAGUGAUGUGCUGGUGAGGAAAUAAACAUAUUUUGAUCUUCAGGGUUAUACAUUUAGAUUAUUCCCCAAUUUUGCACCACCAUUACAGUUUAUAAAAAAAGACUUGUGCACUUUAUAUAAAACAGGUCUUGAAUUUGAUGUGUUUUGAUGCCGGAAGGUUUAUUAGCAGCGAUGCCACAAAAUAACCUUUUUUUUGUUCCCCAAACAACUUUUAUCAAGACAAUUUUUAUCUUAUGUUUAAAUAUAGUCUGAAGAAAUGUAUCUACUUCAAUCAACUUUUCGUGCAACAGAACCUUUUGUAGCACUUUUAUUUUUAGGAGUGAGAAAUAAUUAGUUCAGGUUCAUUUUAUCCAAAAGAGUUUAGGGAGCAUCGAGCGAUAUGUCAUACAGGAGCAAUAAGACAUUAGGUGCCAAUACAAAGUUACUGGUUUCAACAAAAGCUAGACCACUUACUGUUGAGAGAAAGGGUUAGUGUUUUUUUUUGUCUGUAAAAUAUUCAGAGAAGAAAUGGGUUUUAAGUAUUUUUUUUAAUAUUGUGAGAGAUGUGAUUGACCGGACUGAGAAUGUUCCAUCAUGAAGGGGUUGUGAAUGAGAAUGAACGGGAAAGCGAUUUACUGCCCUUAUGGGAAGGCAAUACAAGACCCCGCUGGUUUGCUGAACGCAGGGAUCUUGAUGGGGUGUAGGAAUGCAGGAGGGUGUGAAAGUAAGCCGGUGCAGAUCCAGUGAUAGUCCUGUAGGCAAGUAUUAGUGACUUGAGUCUGAUACUGGCUGCAACCGGUAGCCAGUGGAGAGAGAUGAAAAGGGGUGUCACAUGAGCCCUUUUAGGCUAUUGGAAGACGAGGCAUGCUGCGUUUUGAACCAGCUGGAGUGGUUUGAUAGCCUUUGCAGGAAGACCAGCAAUGAGAGCAUUGCAUUAGUCCAACCUUGAGAUCACCAGGGCCUAGAUAAGAAGUUGUGCCACAUGCUCAGUGACAUAGGGUCCAACCUUUCUAAUGUUGAAUAAGGCAUAUCGGCAUGACCACGUUGUCUUUGCAAUGUGAUCACUGAAGCCUCUGUGACCGAUAGCAAUGCAGUCUCGGUGGAGUGGUUUGUUUUGAAGCCAGACUGCUUGUCGUCCAGUAGUUUGUUCUGGGAUAGGUAUGAAGGCACCUGGUUGAAAGCUGCCCUUUCUAGUGUUUUUGCAAUAAAUGGGAGGAGAGAGAAAGGUCUGAAACUGUUGGGAGUAGAAGGGUCCAAAGUGGGUUUCUUCAGUAGGGGUGUGACCUGGGCCUGUUUGAAUGUGGAUGGAAAAGUGCCGGUGAGCAGGGAGGUGUUGAUGAUGUUGUGAGUGCAGAUGUUAGUGUGCUAGUCUAAUGGAGAUGGGAGGGGAUUGGGUCAAGGGACAGGUGGUGGGGUGGCUGGAGAGAAGUCUGGGGACUUCAGUGUCAGACAGUGGGGUGAAAGAGGAGAGUUCAAUGUUUGAAGUAAGGGUGGUGUGAACCGAGGUCUGAGGUGUUGAGAAUUGACUGCUGAUGGAUGAUGUUUUCUCAGUAAAAAAUACAGUGAAGUCAUCGACAGUCAAUGAUGAAGUGGGCGGGGGAGGAUGGGGUAAAGAAGAGAGUUAAAUGUCUUGAAAAGAUGUCGAGUGUUAGGUGCAUUGCUCAUCUUGGUGGUAUGGAAAGACGUUUUAGCUGUGGUAACACUAGUAGAGAAAGAGGAGAGUUGUGACUGGUAGUCCCGUAGGUCAGCAGGAUUCUUGGCCAUGCUGGCUAACAAAGAACCUAUUGAGCCUUUAUUUUUCUGAAUAUUUUCUGCUCAUUGGUCAUUCUGCUGGCAAACAUCACAUCUGAAGAGUACAACUCACUGUUUUCCCAUGAAACAGAUUUCUUACAUAAAGUCUAGUUCAAAUCUCCUGAGAGGAAUUAGGCCUAUAAUUUUUUGCAUGU